AUGUCUGGCAUUGAUCCCAAUGCUCGAAGGGAAGUCAAUAAAGCAAUCAUCGACUCCGGGGCCGCCAUUGUUGGACACAUGGUUGCCGCUGCCAACUCCUCUGUUGAGAAACGUCGUAGGAACAAAGAGGAGCGAGAAAGACGCGAGGCUCAAGUGAAGGCUGCCAAGGAGAAGGCAGAUGCCGCUUUUCUAGAAGCGCGGCAUAUCUGGCUAGACAUGGGCUACUCAAGAGCCUGGGCAAGACCCAUGGCCUCACGUGUGGUCUGCACUCUUGCCUUUACCAAUCUUGUCAACCUAAGUGGCUAA